AUGCCGGUGCUUCUGGGGGAAACCCGGAAUAAGGGCGGAAGCGCGGGGUCCUUGGCUGGCGGCGGCGGCGUCCCGCGGCGAGACUUGUGCUCUCGCGUGAGCUCGCGGCUUGGGCGGGUUGGUUUGAAUCCGGGUAGGCAUGACAUCUCUCCGGAUUUAGACGGCUUGUGCUCCCACAUCAACGACAAGAUUUCAAAUAUCAAGACGUUAAUGCAGUUAAGAAAGAUAGGCCAGGAGCCAUGUCUGAAGACGGUGCUCGGUAAGAUACUUCAUGAGAUGUUUCUGUUCAACGACCUCCUUGGUAUGCUGGAGCUGGAAUGUCACCAUCAGGAGAGACAGCAAAGUCAGCUGAAGGAGCUCCAGGAAUUGAUGGAAAGGGACUAUAAUGAAGCCCAACAUCUGGAAGAAAACAUGCCUUUCUACCUGCCCAAUGCAGCCCCGACCAGCACCGCAGGCCCACCUGCCAAGAAGGAGGAGCAGAGCAAAGAGGCUGAGCCGAGGCGCCCGAAGAAGCCAGGGAAGGAGACCAAGCCCGUGAAAGAAAUCUCCUUCGUAACGGUCGAGGAGUUUGACAGCGUUCCCACGUACAUGCGGGGUCGUCUCUCAUACAAUCACGUGAAUGCCGUGAUUCAAGAAAUCAACAAGGCCGUGGCCAGCAAGUACAAGAUCAUGCGCCAGCCUAUGAAGUCCAUGUCCAGCGCCGUCAAGAACCUCUACUUCAGAUUCCAGGAACAAGAAACUAAAGAUACCAAAGGUGAAUUCUUUAUCGUGGAGGCCGACAUCGAAGAGUUCACGCAACUGAAGGCGGACAAGCGUUUCCACGGCAUCCUCACCAUCUUGCGCCACUGCCAGCGAGUGAGGGAGAUCCGGGGCUCGCGGCUCGUUCGCUAUGCCGUCUGUUGA